AUGUCGACAGUCCUCGCGAAGCCUUCCGAGGCGCUCACCGAAAGCUCCGGCUCGUCCGACAACGACUCCAUCAAAGGCAAGGGCGCAUACAGCGCGACCGAGAGCGCAGCCGAAGUGCCCGCUCUUGGCACACCUGUCGCGGAUGGACCGAAGUCUUCGUUCUGGCGCAAAUCGAAGCACGAGCUCGACAGCAUCGCAACACAACCAUCUGUAUACCGUCCCCCACCCACUUGGGAGAACACGCACCGUUUCGACCCGCUUGCGCGAUGGACCUGGCGAGAAGAAUACCGCCUGGUUCGCAAGAUUGACUGUCUGAUCGCGGCGUGGGCCUGCGUCAUGUUCUUCAGCCUCGACCUCGACCGGUCGAACAUCUCUCAGGCGAACACCGACAACUUCCUGAAAGACCUUGGGCUUACCACGGACGACUUUAACCUCGGAAAUACGCUCUUCCGGCUCUCAUUUUUGAUUGCCGAGAUGCCCUCUCAGAUCAUCUCGAAGCGCGUUGGUCCGGACGUGUGGAUACCGACCCAGAUGAUCCUAUGGAGCUUUGUCUCCCUCGGUCAAUUCUGGCUUACUGGCCGCAAAAGCUUCCUGGCUACACGCUUCCUUCUCGGCUUCAUGCAAGGCGGCUUCAUUCCCGACACAGUCCUAUACCUGUCGUACUUUUAUACCAAGAAUGAGCUCCCCGUCCGUCUGGCGUGGUUCUGGGUCUCAAACUACAUCGCAGAAAUCUGUGGCGCUUUUAUUGCCACAGGGCUUUUGCGCCUUCGCGGCGGCGGAUUGACGCUGCUAGUCGGCAUAAUUUCCUUCUUCAUGAUGCCUCCGGGGCCAACGCAAACCAAGGCGUGGUACAGACCCAAGGGAUGGUUCAGUGAGCGGGAAGAAGUCAUCAUGGUCAACCGCGUCAUCCGAGACGACCCCUCGAAAUCCGAUAUGCACAACCGAGAAGGCCUGUCACCAAAGAAGUUCUGGCAAGUGCUUCUGGACUGGCGCAUCUGGCCCGUCUACAUCCUGGGUCUCAUUCACUUUAUCCCCGUAACCCCACCGCAGCUCUACCUCACGCUCUCCCUGCGCAACCUCGGCUUCACGACGACCCAAUCAAACCUACUCUCCAUCCCCUCAAAGGUGAUAGGCAUGAUCAUGCUCCUCGCCACCUCGUACCUCUCCGAGAUCAUCAACUCGCGCACGAUCGCGACCGUCUUCCUCCAAUUCUGGGCGCUCCCGUUACUCAUCGCGCUCUACACGUUCGACGAGCAGACGUCCCAGUGGGCGUACUACGCCGUCGUCACCCUCAUCACCGGCUUCCCGUACAUCCACCCGAUCCAGGUCGCCUGGGCGUCCACGAACUCGUCCUCGGUCGGCACCCGGACGCUCUCCGCCUCAAUGUACAACAUGUUCGUCCAAGCGGGCCUCAUCAUCGGGGUGCACAAACGCGGGAACCGCGCACUGAUCGUCGUCUGUUGCGUGAACAUCCUCAUCCACUUCCUCGUCUGGCUGUUCUACCGCACGAUCAACAAGCGGAGAGACAAGGUUUGGAACUCCUGGACGGCGAAGGAGCAGCAAGAAUAUCUCGACACGACCAAGGACGUGGGGAACUCGAGGAUCAACUUCCGCUUCGUGUACUGA